UUGAUUUCUACAGAUUGUUAUUUUGUGACCAUAGUACAGUGCGUGCGUGCGCGUGUUUGUGUGUCUGUGUGUGUGCGUGUAUGCGACGGUGUAUUUACCAUGUCGACGCCAGGAACACUGAGUAGUUACUACGCAGACUCCCUCGUCCUCACCGAGACCGAGUACCGAGGACCCAGAUACCCCGCGGGUCCCGGACAGCAGAGAGCGCGGCCGCCCGCGCUCCAUGACCACGCCGAGCUCGGGCCCUGUUCUUUCCAGACCAAACCGUCUAUAUUCGGCCCGUCCUGGAGCUCUGUGCCGACUCAGGCUCCAAGCGGCGUGCCCUCCGUGUACCAGCAGUACGCGCACCCCCAGGGUCCAGAGGGGGACUCGGAUGCGCCUUACAUGCAGUCUUGGUUGCUGGAGCCAUUCUCCGGAUCUUUGCCUCUAACUGGAUUACCGUCGAACCAGCACUACGCCAUCAAACCCGAGACCCCGAACGGAGCAGCUGACAGCACGACACUCUCACCCGUGGACAAGAACACGCUGCCCGACCAGUCCCCACUCGCACACACAAACGAGGAGAAAACAGACACGGAUCCAAAUAAUCCGGUGUCCAACUGGCUGCACGCGAGGUCCACGAGAAAAAAGCGCUGUCCGUAUUCUAAGCAUCAAAUCCUCGAGCUGGAAAAAGAGUUUCUGUUUAAUAUGUACCUGACGAGAGAGCGCAGAUACGAGGUGGCGAGACUUCUUAAUCUCACUGAACGACAAGUCAAAAUCUGGUUUCAGAACCGCAGAAUGAAGAUGAAAAAAUCCAACAAAGAUGGACCGAAAGAUGAUUGAAUAUCACGAAAUGAGAAAAUAAUAAUAAUAACAAAUCCGCACUGGAUUAUUUUUCAUGUUUCCUGAUAUUAAUUUCCGUUCACCUCUGUAUUCUUUUUUGAGACUGUAUCACCUGUUUCAGAAAUACGAGAGAAACCGCAAUAUGACCGCAUGUUCAUGUCUGUUCGUCGAUCUAAGAUCCUUCGUCCUCAUAUGAAGCUACCUUGUGUUGCACAAAUUCAGUUUGUACCAAAAACAGUGUUCGUUUUGUGGAGCUGAAAGGACGCGGCCUUGUUCUUCCGCCGUACUUGAGAAUCUUGUAUCUGUAGGCUUUGUGCUAGCUUAUGACUGGACUUCGUCUAUUAGAAAUGUGUUAAUUUUGUUCUGUAGUUUAUAUGUACCUCAGGUUCGUUUGUUAUGUGAUAGUGUUAACUCUAAUUAAUGGACACCA